AUGGCGAGAAGCCGGCCUUGUGGCCGGUCCAAGUCUGAUCAUAGGGUCUGCCAGGCUGCUCGCUUUGCGCGCGCUGCGGAGUAUAGGGAGCGCAUCUCGAUUAGUGCAGAAAGGCAAAAGAUCUUGAUUGCUGCUGUCAACGCGCAGAGCGAUGACAAAUCUGCCCCUCGCCGCCGGCGGUGCCAAAGGUCAAAGCAAUUGAAGAAUGAGGGGCAGCCUGCUCGCGAGGUUCCACGAGGCCGGCGCUCCAGCGCUAUUGACCAGAAAGCAAAUCAGCAGGAUGCGCGGGUACGCGAAGAAGCUUUGAAUUGCGCUGCGGAACGUGACCCGCAUGCCAUUCACUGCCGCGAGUGCGACACAACCGCGGAGUAUGGGCUCCACAGGGGCAAGAUGGGAGGGGCGGUCACAUACUUCUGCGAAAGCCACGGGCCAUCAAAGGGUUGUUUCAAGAUCGACAGCGACCGCGCAUCAUGGAUCCAGGGACGCGAGAAGGCGCGAAAGAAGGCGAACCCUGCCUGUCCUGAACGCGAGCAGCAUCAGAAGGGGGCUGGGUCAUCUGCUGUUCCUCGGUCAUGGACGGCAACAGCAGGAUCGCAAGGCGCCGGCGUCCACGACGCGCGCCAUGCCGACGAGCCUUCCGCCGCUGCCGCGACUCGCCCCACUCUCGACCCCUCAGAGUGUGAGCGCGCCGCCGCCAGCUCGAUCGGUGACGAGGCGCAGUGCAUGCAACGCCCCGCACGUGAGGGCCUUUGCGGGCCGUCAAACAACCUCCGGCCGGGGCGGUUUCCUGCCACGAGCAGCCGUCGUACGGCGCUCAGCAGAUCGCAAGGGGUUCCAAGCGGCGCCCCAAAAGCGGUAUACAAAGGAAAGCGUUCUGUGCCCGCGUCUGCUGGCCGCGACGCACCCGACAGCCCCUCCACAACCAGCCCCAGUGCGACCGGUGGCGACUCUGAGUCGGACUGCGGUCUUGGCGCUGCCCGCCAUCAGCACGCCGCCAGUGACGAGGCGCAAUCCGGGCAGCCUCAUGUCCACCACGCAGAGGGACUGUGCGCGCUGUCAAGCAGGAGCGACAGGUUUGGGGUUCAGCCCACCGCCACAAAGAGCGUGCUGGAGAGGAGCGCAUUCCAAGGAUCUCCAGCCUACGGGCGCGGAUCAGAGGAGGUCUUUUACUCCUCAGCACCAAAGAGCAAGGCGCUGAUAGCGACCCAAUUGAUGAUUGGGGGCGUGGAGAGCAACCCGGGGUGGCCCACACACGAUCCCGACGCCCCGAGCAGCUCAUGCGGGCGGCCCCUGAUUCACCUUCCGAUCGCAGAGGAGGUUCAGAAGAGCGUCAAGUCAAAGCCAGUCAGCCUCGAGCCAUUUGAUGCGUGGCGAGGAAGCCAAUCGAACCCAAACUGGGUGGCAGAGGUGAUGGCCCGUUCUGCAGUGCAACCUGCUCGACCCCAGUGGCAGGACCCGCCGACCGCGCCAAGCGUCAGUAGAGAGGAAACGGGCCCCUCCUCCAGCGGCCCGCAUCCUACCAGCAAUCCCCGUCCCGCUGCUACAGAGCCGACACCUACGAACUCGGGCCCCUCCUCGAGCCCUCCGCAUCCUGCCAGCAAGCCUCUCUCCGCUGCUGCAGAGCCGCCACCUACGGAGGUCGCAGGCAGGAAGAGGGCCGUCUCAAGCAGAGAGAGCUCCCCAGCGCCAAGCGGUACCAGGAUCCGGAUCGGAAGCCCGGACGAAGCAGAGGUAGCAGCGACGUCCGGUCGAGAGGCUGCCUCCUUCGACAUUGAAGAAACAUCAGACGAGACCAAAUCCGACGAAGAGCCCACAUCUGAUGAUGACCGGGGCAUUGACGACUCGGCACUGCCGGACGCUGAAUCACUGGAUCUGUACAGGCAGCUGGAGAUGGAGGAAGCGACAGCUCGGCUCGAGGAGCAAACCGUGGACGAUGCGCUGGAGCCCAUGCGAAGAGAGAUGCAGAGGAGGCGGGCCUCGGAUGAAGCGCCACCGACCUCUGUGCCUCCAAUGGCGCACAAGGACCUUGUGGCGGCGCCCGAGCCGGCAAUUCUCUCUGAUCCGCUGACUGGCAACGAGGUCUUCAAGAAUGACGAGUUCCGGGUGUUGCGUGUGCGGGAGCACGGCACCAACUGCUUCCAUCAGACCGGGGCCAACCCCAGGGGCCGCCUUCCUGGCCCAAAAGUCUUCAUGCAGCAGGAGGCGGCGCUCCUAAACUACGGGGCGCAGAACGGAAAGCCCUGCAAGCCCUACCUCGACCUCGACUGGAAGGAGGGGCUUCCGUUCAGGCGUCAGCCGGUGAUCGGGGCGGAUGGGGAGGUUGUGGAGGCUGGGGAGAGGUACGAUCGGGAGGAGGUGAUUGGGCUCAUGGAGAAGUGGGCCAGUAUCGUAUUCAUGGAGCAAUACGACUGUGAGCUGCAGCCGAGCAGCUUCGUCUGGAUCGAGAGCCCCGGUCAGACCAAGUUCAGCCUCCACCUCACAAUCAACCAGCUGGCCCCCCGCCAGCUCGUCUUCGCCUCUAACACCGAGGGGGCUCUCCACUUUGCAAGGCGCCUCAAGAAGAGGCUGCAGCGGUGGCAUCCUGCGCUCGCCGACGCCAUCGACCUGAACGUGUACUCGAAGGACCGCGAGUGGCGGACCCCGGGAAGCGCCAAGAUCGAGAAGCCGGAAAGCGUCCUGACGUGCAUCAAUCCGGCCCAUUCCUGGAAGGAUGCUCUCGUGACCUGGCUGGAGCCCCUCGAGGCCCGUGAAGAGGUCAAGCUGCCAUUUGAAGUGCCCGAAAGACUCCACGAAAGGUUUAGAAACCCGCGAGUGAUGUCUGCAAGGGGCACUGAGCGCAGCUCGACGAAUGACGAGUUCGUCAAGACGCGCAUGCUGGCGCUGCUCCGAGAGCGCUUGCACCCCAGCGCCUACGAGGAUGGACAUGAUCGCUACAACUACAGCGAUCGCACAGAGCCGUGCUACACGGGUCGGAUCCAUGAAAACCGUCAGAGACUGAUCUGCCAUCUCAAUCCAAACGGCAAAAUCUAUGCUCUGUGUUUCAGCCGAAAUACCGGAGGUGGGGACUCGGACGUCCCCUGUGUCAGCAGGGCGUACUGCCUGGGGGACCUGUUCGAGGAUAACAUCUCGUAUGAGACUGGCGCAGUCAAGCUAGACAUGGAGCACCUCAAGCGGGUCCCUGGCGCGUCGACCC